UCGCCAAUCAGAAGCUUGUCUCGGUGACAAGGUCUACUUUAAAAUUCCCAAGGGACUUGCGAUUCCCCCUCGAGAACUAAAUCUCGGACUCUCUUGUGCAAUAUUCAAUCACAUGAUUGACCUGCUUUGCUUUAUUGACAAGCUGUGAUUGAAAUCUCCCUUAUAUCUUACAUUCAUAUCUGCAGUUGAGGGAACUACGUCACUUCAAGAGGAGUUUCAUUAACAACCUUUUAAUUUAAUUCUCCGCCUCUGCAAAUUAUAUAUUUUCUUUCUUCAACAUGGCAGACGAAAUCAAGCUCUCGGAUCAACAACCCCAGACCCCGGGAGUCAGAAAUGUGGACUCGAUUACUCAAGUACCUAUUGAGACUUGCCCAGAUACCACGCGAAAUAUUAUUUCGACUGCAAAGCCUGAUGAUGAAGAAGUCAUAGCCAGCGUACCUGAAGAAGUCGAAUACCCUACUGGGAUACGCUUCGCGAUACUCACAGUAUCACUCAUGCUCAUGGUAUUCAUGGUCGCUCUCGACACAACUAUAAUGUCAACCGCCAUCCCGGCAAUCACAACCCAGUUCCACUCCAUCCCCGACAUUGGAUGUUACAGCGGGGCUUACCUCCUGCCCGUCAUGGCGCUGCAGCCCUCGUUUGGCAAGAUCUACACGUUCUUCUCGAUCAAAUACGUUAUGCUUUGUGCUCUCCUUCUGUUCGAGACAGGAUCCCUCGUUUCUGCUCUGUCGCCAAAUUCCCCUGUGUUCAUACUUGGGAGGGUGGUGAGUGGGAUUGGGGGUGCAGGGAUUUUUGGAGGCGGAAUGAUCUUGAUCCAGCUCGCCGUCCCGCUGCGUCGUAUAGCUCUCUACUUGUCCGUCAUGUCAAGUAUGUAUGGCGCGGCGGGACUUACAGGACCACCUGUGGGAGGUGUCUUCACAAGCAGUGCACGAUUAACAUGGCGUUUCUGCUUCUACAUCAAUCUCCCGUUUGGUGGGAUUUCGGUUCUCCUGAUGCUCUUUGCUUUCCGCGAGCCGAAGAGAGAGAAAAUGAAGCUCAGUGUUGAGGAGAAGUUCAAGAAGAUGGAUGUGAUAGGCACGACACUGUUUAUCUCAAGUAUGGUCUGCCUAUUUCUCGCGCUUCAAUGGGGCGGGAACAGUAUUCCCUGGUCGAACUCGACGGCUUGGGGUCUGAUGCUUGGGUUUGGUCUUCUGCUCAUCGCCUUUGUCGUGCUUCAGUUUCAUCUUCACGAAAACGCAACGAUUCCACCCCGUGUCUUCUCCGAUCGAAGCGUCGUUCUCGCUCAAUUGAUAGCAAUUUUACUUUCUAUCGGGACUAACACCCAUACUUUCUACCUGGCAUUCUACUUCCAAUCAGCUAAAGGUCUGUCUGCGUCAGCAUCGGGUAUCCGAUCGCUACCAUAUCUGCUCUCUGUCACGUUCACGGAACUCUUUGUCGGUGCAGGUGUAAGCUGGACAGGUUGGUACAACCCAUUCAUGAUUGUUGGAACGGCUAUAUAUGUGAUAGGCUGUGGUUUGUUGUGUACACUUCAAGUCGAUACUGGUGCAGGACAUAUCAUUGGAUAUCAGAUACUGGCCGGCAUCGGAUUUGGUAGUACACUAGCAUUGUGUGCGACGGUUGUGAGGGUCAAUGUUAGGGAUGAACAUAUCCCUGUUGCGGGAGCACUCGCUUCUUUCGCUCCAUCUUUUGGAGGUACAUUGGCUGCUAGUAUUGGACAGAACGUCUUUCGGAGAUCUUUGGUGGACAAGUUGUUGCAAUCUGUCUCUCCCGAGUUGACAGCACAGAUUGUGGACGCUGGUGCGAGAGGUGGCGUCGAUGUGGUGGCUGAUUAUCAGAAGGGCUUGGUGCUGGACGCAUAUAAUCAUGCUGUGAAGAAGACGUUCUUGGUGAGUGCUAUUGUUUCGGGGGUAGCGUUUGUAUGUACGCUAGGGUUAAGGUGGAAGAAGAUCAAGAAGAAGGCUCCUGUGGCCCAGAGUGUUGAUGCUCCUCAAAGUAGAGCAAUUUGACUGCCUGGGAUGAGGGGGACGUAUGAUCCUCCGACUGCCAGAUGCAAAGCUAGGAUAUAAGAAAGAAGAGAGGUUAUAUGUAACGGCUGAGAGCGAAAUUCGCGAGAUAGGAUGGUUAUAAUA